GGCGCCUCAAGUGCAAAGUCAUAAUCUCCCGGGAACAGCCUUUCAAUCGACCCAUUCGUUUGGACAUAAACGUCCGAUACCACAAUGCGGCUGCCUCAGAAGGAUUUGUAUUUUAAUGCCACCAUUGCGAAUACGAAUGCGUUUGGACAAGACAUCAUCAGGACUGCUAUUGCGUGGCAAUGUCGCACAGCCAAUGAUCCCAAGACCUUAGGCUCGUCAGCACUCCUGGCUUGGUGUUGCUCACAUCUCAUUUUUCGACUGCUCUUCCACGUCAUCCAGAAGACGUUAACGAGUCGUCAAAGGACAUCACUAAAGCUGGUCAUCCACAACCAGUAGCUGCCAACGUUCAAUACCAAAGAAAGCAGCCAUAACCCAUCUCCCAGCUUCAAGGCCCACAUAGGCUAGUAAUGGCACAGAUUCUCAGAGCAUAGUCCCUACCUAUAACGAACUUGCAGGAAUCCAAGGCCGUAGAAACAAAGCAAGAACUACGCUGACUUCGAUGGCAGUGCUGUUGAGGAGGUCGCUCCGACCGUCAAUGGACACGCCCUUAUCCUGCGUGUCGCCAGUCUCGGAGAGUAUCAAAACAGGUCAUAUCUGCCCGCAUCCUAAGGUAUCACAUCCAUACUUCCGCGCCCCACGAGAACGCUAAAUGCAAAGUCAUCAAAGAGACUGGAUUCGAAUAAACAAGACUUCACGUCACGUCAAGAGAGUCCCGUCCUAAGUCGUCACUCUCUACGAUUUUCUCAAUGCCCGGAAAUCUCAAGGCUGCAGUCUAUCCGAAGACCACUAGAUUUUCUACUUGGCUGGCACACCCUUUCUGGCCUGUCGGUGAACGGCCUGUUAUGACCGAUAUGAUUCUGUCCGAUACGGCAAUGGUAUGCCUUCUGAAUCGACGACUAACGAUGGCUGUGUUAUGUCUGUGUCGAAAUUUGGAGAGCGGGAUCACGGGAAUCACGAUCGGGCAAAAAUAUUGACGCUUCGUGUUCAUGCUGGGAUCUCUUCAUCCAGACGUGAGUUCUGAGAAUUCUCCAUUUUGUCCUGGACGGGAAGCUCGUCUUACUUAUCUCGAAAGAAAGUUCCAAUGGAUCUCCAGUCCGGCAGGACUAGGAAUUCGAACGUCG